AUGGUGGUAACCGACUAUGAAGAUAUCCCCGAUCUGACUGGAAGUUGGGUGUUGAACCGAAAGUUAUCUACCGAUCCAGACGAAGUCUUUAGUUUGCAAGGCGUACCUUGGGUCGUCAGAAAGGUCUUGCGACAUGCUCGGCUUUCGCUGCAAAUCUGGCAGAGCACUUCCAUACCGCCAUCCAAAAGCACGAUGAGCGAGGGAACCUCUAUUGAAAGUCCAGCUCUAACCGAGAAAUCCGAUUCAGUCACAACUCUUCGUGUGAAACAAACUGUCAAUCCCGGCGGGUUUGAUAGUGAAGGGUGUUAUGCUGUCGAUGGAAGCCCACAGGACCUUUCACUGCCUAUCUUCGGAGAUAUACGCACACAGCUUACUAUUAUCAACAAGUCUGAUAUCUUGGAUAACUGUGUCUGUCAGAUCUUGACGGUGGCUAGCCUCACUGCGAACGUUAUUCAAGAACUGGCCCACAACGCCUCAAAGGGAUGGGAAGCAGAAGUAAUUUGGGGGUUUGAGGAACUUGACGGAAAGAAAUAUCUUACGCGGAAUAUUAGCACGACCAAGGAAGAGAAGAAAGUCAUUGCUAAGAUGGUCUAUGAAGGUCCGAAUUAG